GCGCAUUGAGCAAUUGUACUUGUCCCACCGGAAGUUUUCGGAUUUUACAUCCCCAAGGUCGAGACGGAAUGCAAAAUGGAGGAAAAUAAUACGACUUUCAGAAGAUCUAACAGUAGACUGUCUAUGCUAGACAAGUCUUUAGAAAGACGGAGAGUCAACAAAGAACAUAACAGUAACUUUAGAGCUGGUUACGUGGCUGUCCAUGAAGAGCACCUUCAUAAGACGGGCCUAAGAGGGCGCAAACGUUUUCUUGCCUAUUUCCUACUCUUCUUGAUUUAUGCUGUAGCAGUAGCAAAUCUAGUGUUAACAGUUCUGAUAGUGUUAGCCCUGCGUAUAGACCAGAAUGGUUCAGAUGUGAUGGAGUUUCUUGGAGAGGGAGGUGUGAAGUAUAAGACUGAAGUCAAAGCUGAAAUGGUUUUAUCAGAUACAGGAGAGUUUGGUGGAUACAAAGGACAAGAUCUUGAGAUUCAUGGUGAUGGUCAACCGGUUGUUUUACAACACAUGAUUGGACAUGGAUCUUCUGUUGAAUUUAGUGGUGAAAACACAACCUUGAGAUCACAGGAAGGGCUUCAUGUCAUAGACCCACUGACAGGGAACACUAUCCUACACACAGCUAAUGAUAGUGGUAUACCGUCACCUACUGGCAUGAAACAACUCAAUACAACACAGGUUGUUACAUCAAAGGUGGUCCCCAAUAUUGUUGAUGACCUCAGGAUUACGACUGACCAAGUAUUGACCAUACAGGGUAACGAAGGAUUGACCAUUGGUGCUGAAGCUAUUGAGAUGUCUGGAUCUAGUAUCUUCUUAAAUGCUCUGAACACCCUUUCCUUGGAGGGCGGUCCAGGAGGAGGGGUUUAUAUCAACACCACCAGUUUACCAAGGAAAAGUACCGCUAGUACCCGUAGCACAGGCAUGGGACUUACCCUGUGUGUGUGUGGUGGUACCGGUAGAGUGUUCCAAGUGACGGCGCCACCAGGCCUCUCUCAUCCAUGUGGAAAACUCAGGACCAAUCCAUGCUUGUAGUAUUAAUCUAUGUUACCUGUUUAUAUUUGCUAUUCUGCAGCUUAUGUUUUCACAAUGAUUGUCUGUUCAAUAGGGUAGCUCCUUUCUUGCCAUAUUUUAAAUCAGGAAAUUGUUCACAUUUAAGGUACAUGAGGUAGCCAAGAUUAUUGCACUUUUGCUAACAAUCCAUUUACUGGUUGACCACAGCAGUGUUUACAGUGCUAACCUCAUGUAUCGCAUUGAAUUGACAAUCUCUGUGCAUUAAUAUAUUUGCAGCUUACUAACCUUAUUGAUACAAGUAGAAUGCAGGGCAUACAAAGGAUGCAGGGGGUUUCACUAUUCUCCCAUAUUUUGUUUUGGCAACAGAUGGUACUGCCCUUUCUGUUGGUGCAAUCUGUGUCACAGGGAUUAUCACUAUCAGUGUCAUUGUUAAUAUCUAGUUUGCAGCCACAAUAUAUCAACAAGAUCUUUCCGAUUUCAGCAGUAACAUUGAUCAUUUCUGUUGUGUACUAUUACAUAACAUACUGUGUAUGAUUUACAUGUAGCUUUCUGGUUUGUGAGGGUUAUUUAUCUUGCCGAUUGAAGAGAUAUUUGCCAAGAUCAAAAUGUUUGUUAGCUGGACUGGAUACAGUAGACAUAGACUUGAUCUGUCCAGUUUUGCUUGACGAGCUACUUGUGGUGGCACUACCCUUCACUUUGGUUUUCAGCUUCUUUGGAUUUCUCAUCUCAGAAGCUCAAGGUUACGCUUUCCUUUUCUUGCUUGACUUUGGAAAAAUUCCAUCAAGGGCUCCCAAUACUGAAUGAGCCUUUAAAGAGCUGUUCCAAGAGUGAGCCACCUGGAGUGAAAAUUAAUGAAAAAUUAUGACUCCCCCCCAAAAAAAAUGAUAAAAAUAAUUAUCUUUAAUUGAAAAAGGACCACUUCAAAAUGUGGUUUGGCACAACAAUUCUUGAUAAGCUAUUCCAACAAAUUUGGAAUAUGUACUAAAUAAAGGGGAAAAAAUAAAAUAUAUACAUGAAAAAAAAUGAGCCCUCGUUUGGCCCCUAAAAAUUGUUUUCGACAGCAAAAUCUACAAAUCCUCAAAUUUUCAACAUUAAAAAAAUUGAAGAUCACUAUUCUAUGCAUAAGUGGAUACAUCUUGAAAGGACUGUCGUCACAUCCUGAGCCAUUACAAAGAACUCCAAUCAGUGUCGCCAUCCUUUGAACUCUCCAAGUACUGUGCUUUGUCUUGUUGGGUCCAUCCUUUGCUCAGAGUAGCAGGAAAUCCUCAUCCUGGACUCACUUAAUUUCGCAUUGGUGAGCUAUUGAAAGUAUAGACAGGAAGCAUCUUACAUUGAGCUCCACUAUCAAGCAUCCGUUUUACAGGUUUCCCCUCUAUGUCGAGAGUCACCGCCAUAGUUUUUGCCCGAUCUCUCUGUGCUCUGGCCUGGAUAAUAUAAACAAACCGCUCAUCUCCUCUGCCUGUCUGCUCCACAUCAUGUACAUGUACUUUUUCUAUGUGACUCCAUUUGAAUGGCAACUUCGCAGACAUUGUGAAAAUGGUUCAUUUUACCAAUGCACAUUUGCGACACUCCUUUCCAGAUGAUUGACAUUAAUUGUUCAUGACUUUUCCACAUCUGUUGCAAAUUUUUUGAGUGUUUUUAUGUCCAUUUCUUCUUCUGGGCUUGUGAAGCCAUCUUGCAUUUUACAACUUGUUGACUUGUAUCUACAUUGUAGCUCACUUUUGCAACAUGGCAUAUGUCAAUAGCUUUUUGAAGUGCCAAAACCUCUCUGUGAAGUUAAGCCCUUUGGUAUCAAAUUUUAUUCCGACAAGAAUUCUAUCCUUAAUGAGAGCAUCAUUAAGCAAUUCAAAGGCACGUCUUUGCUUCUGUUUUCAAACUGAUCCACUGAAUUUUCUGCUUGUUGAAACGAGUGUUGAAGACAGUGUCUCUCAAAAGUCACAUUUGUUUGCGGCUUGAAAUGCUCUUUUGUAAGAGCGAAUUCACAUGCUCCCUUCUAUUUUGGCCAUCUUCUGUAGUUUCCCCAACAUUUUCAAAGGUAUUGUAAAUGUAUUGAAACUUUCAUCAUUUAUCAUCAGUAGGAGAUUGAAUAUUUUCUUCUUUUUGGCAAAUCUGGUUAUACUAUUGCCAAGUGAGAGAAAAUAUGACUUGGAACCAGAGAAAUCAGGGGGUUUGGUUUUUUUUGCAUCCCUAUCAUGAUGUAAUUGAUUUAUGAUAUUGACUUUAUUCUUGUAUGUAACUAUAAACAUUUUCUCAUUUUCUUAAAUAUCUUAUUCAUUAUUCUGAUGAAUGUACACUGAAAGAUUAAUGGAGCAUUACAUGAAGAAAUAUGAUAUAUUUAUAAAACGAAAUUUUGAAAAGUUCUUGCAGACUGAUUGUGCCAAAUGUGAGAAAGUACAAGCUAUAUUAUUAGCUGUAGUAUUACUGUCGCUUAAAAGAUUAUGUAUUCAUGAUUAUGUAUUCAUACUUUCGUAUUUUGGUUUUGUUUUCAAUUGGUAUCACAUGUACAUUAUGCAUGCCAUUCAGGACUCAAGUAUUUUUAAAAACUGAUUUGUGUAUUAUUACGCUGAUUUACAUGUGAAUCAUAUGAAUUUUAGAUUUGCAGCACUUACUUUUUUCAUCGAAAUUGUUAUUUAAAUACUCAUGCAUUUUGUAACUAAUCAGUACUCAUACUAAACUUAGAUCUGAAAAAUACCCUCAUAACAUAAUGAUGACCUCAUUAAUAAUUCUUUGAGAGAAAUACAUGUGUCGGUAUAUAAGAUUAUUGCUUUGAUACACUUUUAAAAUAUGUCUUUUGUACUGUCUUUAAUCAUACUUUUACAUGCUGAUAUUAGAAAAGUAUGUUGUUGUCAACUUGUCGUUGUUCUAGCUUAUACAGCACAUAUCAUUCAGCAGUGAAUAUUUGCGCCAAGUAGAAAGAUUGAAUUCAGAAAAUAUGUUAAAAUUACAAAAGCAGCUUAAACUUCCUUCCUAAAUCAUUAAGUGUAAUAGAAUGAGAAUAAGCACACAUUUCCUAUGUAUGUAGAGUAUAUUGAUAAUUGCAAAAGAUUCAGUGUGUGUACACUUAAAGACAAAUAAGUUUGGUUUUAAUCUCCUUUGUCAAUUUGAGCCAUUAUGUAUCUAUGUAUUCUUUCAAUUUCUUGGUUGUAAGUUAACAUGCUUUAGUUGACCCUACAUGUUAAAUACAUUCAUUCAUUCUUUAAAAACAAAUCAAUAUCAGCAGUGUAUGAGGCUUAUUAAUGAUGCUCAUUUGAACCUUGGAUAUUUGGAUACAAUGCAUUCAUUUAUUGAUUUACAAACCAAUAUGUUAAACAAUAAGCUAUUCACCUUGUACAGAAGCAGAUGAGGGUUAUAUUGUAUUCAAGUGACCUAAUUCAGCAUUUCACAAUACUUACGCCAUCAACGUUCAUUAUCAUGACAGACCUAAUUAUCCACUUGCAGGUUCAGCAACUGUUCCAAGAACAGCUGUGAUUGAGAAUGGAUAAUUUGAAUUAACAUCAAGAGAAUAAGGAGUCCCAUCGCAGGGAAGAAUGCAGAUUAAUCUGUUGAAAUAGCAGUGAGAUACAUGCAAAAGCGUAGUGUUAAAUGGUAUGUAUUCACUUAAAUUAGGAAAAAAAAUAAACUGAUGGAGUGAUAUCACUAUAAGGGCAAAAAGAUUGUGAAAUGCUCAAAAUUGUGUUUGGGUAUUCACAUGUUGUAAGGGCAUUUCUCUUCAAACCUUGGACAAGUUCAUCUGUCAUUGUGCAGGUGCUAAAGUAAAUCAUACUAAACAGUAGCCUUUCACCUAUGUUUUGUACUAAAAAUAAUGUUUUUAUGCUGUACAAAGUCCAAUUUCCAAGCUGCUUAAUGCUGUAGUUAUUUAUUGUAGCAUAUUUAUUUAUUUGGUUGAAGCUUUUACAUCUUGAUGCUGUGCAAUAUGUUAGACUUUGAUGUAUUCGGUAUUGCUUUUAGCAUAA